AUGUUGUUGUUGUUAUUGCUACUGCUGCUACUUUUGCUGUUGCUAUUGCUGUUACUUGUUGUUGUUACUGUUGUUGCUGUUACUACUGUUGUUACUGCUGCGGCUUCUAUUAUUAUUAUUACUGUUGUUGUUGCUGCUGCUUCUGUGGCUAUUGCUAUUGAUGUUAUUUUUGUUGCUAUUGCUAUUGCUGUUGCUACUGCUGUUAUUACUAUUGUUGUUAGUGUUACUGCUACUACUGUUUGGAUUCUCGAGUUGUACUUUGGAGAUUAUUAUUCUGUUGGUAGUGGUGGUGAUGGUGGUGGUGUUGGUGGGGGGAAGGUUGUUGUUGCUGUUGUAAUUGCUGGUGCUGGUGCUUGUAAUAGCCCGGGUUUUAGAUUAAGCUUUAAUCUUGAUUAA